AUGACACUAGGAGUGGAGUACGAGUGGACCGGACCCGUAGGGGUGUGGUUCCCAGCUCGUGAGUGUGACAGUGAAAACGAUCGCUUGUUUGGUUUUAACAGUGGAAACCUUACAAGCGUGAAAAUAAUGCCUUGUGCAGACGACGAGUCGCAGACGACAACCAUUGAUAAUACCAUACUGACUAUAUUUAAAGAAAAAGUACAAGAACUUUCACCGGUCAUAAUGUAUAUACAUGUUACUUGGUUGUUAUGGUGGCAUAAGUUAAGAACAUUUAGCUUAUUUAUCAAAAUAUUUGGGGAUGCUGAUUAUAAAUUUGAUGACAGCAAAGUUGAAAAUGAUGAGGAUCAUUAUGACAAUGGCGAUAUAUUUUAUGCGCUAGGGAAAGCUGGUGAUGAUACUGAUGAUGAUGAUGAUGAUACUGAUGGUGAUGAUUAUGUUGGUGAUGCUGCUGGUGUUAAUGGUCAUGAUAUUGAUGAUGAUCAUGAUGUUGCUGCUGCUGAUGAUGAUGCGGAGGAGGAAAAGAAUAAUGAUGAUGACGAUGAUGAUGAUAUCGGUGGUGGGAUGAUGAUGUUGAUGAUGGUGGUGGUGACGAUGAUCAUAAUGUUAAUGAUGAUGAUGAGGAGGAGGAGGAUAAUGAUGAUACUGACGACGAUCAGAAUGAAUAUUUUAACGACAAGACUCCCAACAAUCAAGGACAAGACUCCCAACAAUCAAAGGACAAGACUCCCAACAAUCAAAGGACAAGACUCCCAACAGUUAAAGACAAGACUACCAACAAUCAAGGACAAGACUCCCAACAAUCAAGGACAAGACUCCCAACAAUCAAGGACAAGACUCCCAACAUUCAAGGACAAGACUCCCAACAAUCAAGGACAAGACUCCCUACGUUCAAGGACAAGACUCCCAACAAUCAAGGACAAGACUACCAACAAUCAAGGACAAGACUACCAACAAUCAAGGACAAGACUCCCAACAAUCAAGGACAAGACUCCCAACAAUCAAGGACAAGACUCCCAACAAUCAAGGACAAGACUCCCAACAAUCAAGGACAAGACUCCCAACAAUCAAAGGACAAGACUACCAACAAUCAAGGACAAGACUCCAAACAUUCAAGGACAAGACUCCCAACAAUCAAGGACAAGACUCCUAACAAAACAAUCAAGGACAAGACUCCCAACAAUCAAGGACAAGACUCCCAACAAUCAAGGACAAGACUCCCAACAUUCAAGGACAAGACUCCCAACAUUCAAGGACAAGACUCCCAACAUUCAAGGACAAGACUCCCAACAAUCAAAGGACAAGACUCCCAACAAUCAAGGACAAGACUCCCAACAAUCAAAGGACAUGACUACCAACAAUCAAAGGACAAGACUACCAACAAUCAAAGGACAAGACUACCAACAAUCAAGGACAAGACUCCCAACAUUCAAGGACAAGACUCCCAACAAUCAAGGACACAAGACUCCCAACAUUCAAGGACAUGACUACCAACAAUCAAAGGACAAGACUAACCAACAAUCAAAGGACAAGACUACCAACAAUCAAGGACAAGACUCCCAACAUUCAAGGACAAGACUCCAACAUUCAAGGACAGACUCCCAACAAUCAAAGGACAAGACUCCCAACAAUCAAGGACAAGACUCCCAACAUUCAAGGACAAGACUCCCAACAAUCAAGGACAAGACUCCCUACAAUCAAAGGACAAGACUACCAACAAUCAAAGGACAAGACUCCCAACAAUUAAAGACAAGACUCCCAACAAUCAAGGACAAGACUCCCAACAAUUAA